GGUGCUUCUCAUAUUCAGAUAUCCAUGGGUUGCAAGAUGGAGAGAAGCAUGUCUUCUUCUUUCCUAAAAAGCAGCUCUCAUGCUUUAAAUCGAUCUUGAGGAAUCCAGACGUACCGGAGGGGCACUCCGGAAACUGCAUGGGAAAGAGCAACCCCCAUCGAGAUGGAUAAAGUGCAGUACAUACGCUUUUAUCAAACUGUGUAACCACCUGUGUAGAUAUGUACCGUUAAGACUAUCCAUUCAAUCAAGCAAGGCCCUCAGUGGCCAUUUCCUUUGAUUCUACAUUCGCUAGGCAUUUUUCUCUUCGCAAAUGCAUCUUUUAUCAUAUGUCUCCGCUGUCCUCGUAAGUUCAGCAGCAGCAAAGUCCUGCAUUAACCAAACCAUCCCCGUCAAUAUCACCGCUCGUAUAGGUUUGUUCGAUGAGAAUAUCAUUCCGCAGAAUGGUAUCGAAACCGUCACUUUCAUACAGAACCUCACACGGCGAGGAGUGAACUUUACGGAUACUGCGCUUCUGGGUUAUGAGACGAUUGGCGGAACCUAUAAUAUCAGCACCCAGCUCUGCAGCCCUGAUAGACUGUCGGAUGAUGGGCGGAAGAGGAUAGUGCAAGUGCUUACGCAUGGUAUAGCCUUUGAUAAGACAUACUGGGACUUGGCGUUUGAUGAUUAUAGUUACAGCUAUGUCGAUGUAGAAACAGAUGAUUAUGGUUUCUACACCCUCAGCUACGAUCGCCUGGGAAUCGGCCAGUCUUCUCAUGGCUCCCCACUGGAAGUCCAGUUACGGCUUGAGGUAGAAGCAUUGCACGCUCUGACUGCCAUGCUUCACGAAGGCAGCUUCCCAGACGUUGAUGUAGACUUUGAUGCAGUCAUCCAUGUUGGCCAUUCAUUCGGAUCCCUUCAGUCACUUCUUCUUACGGCUCUCUAUCCCAACAUAUCAGAUGCAGUGGUCCUGACGGGGUUCUCGUCUAAUGCCUCGUACCUGAAUAUCUGGACAGCAGGGUGUGAUUUCCAACUAGCUCAAUACAACCAACCUUCUCGUCUAGGUAGCUACCUAUGGGGCGUGACUUUGCAAUCCGUCGCAGCAGAGACGCCAUUCGAGGACCUGCUUGCAGGUAUCAACAUCGAAGCCACACGUGAAUCAUACAAUUAUGGUCCCGGGUAUCUAGUCCCUGGGAAUAGAAACUCGUUACAAUUUGCGUUCUUGGCAGGAGGACAUUUUGACCCGUCCAUACUUCCCUAUGCGGAAAGUAUCAAGCAGCCAACUACCCCUGGCGAACUUCUCACUUUGCGCAGUGCUCCUGCAGAAAGUACCUUUUCAGGUCCGGUCAUGGUACUAACUGGCGAAUUCGACGUCCCAUUCUGCGGGGGAAACUGUCUCGAUACCGGUGACCCUGCAGUGACAGCGAUUCCAGAUACAGUUAGGAGCAUCUUCACCAAGAUAAAUGAUGAUGAUUUCUUCUCAUACGUACAACCGAACACGGGCCACGGGAUUAAUAUGCAUUAUAAUGCUACUGGUGCUUACAAUGUCAUUGGACAAUGGCUUCGAUCCAAGGGUUUAGCGCCCAGGUAGAUUAGAUG